UGAGGAGGGGAAACACGUUGUUGAACGAUUUUAUUGAUUCGAGUAGUGAAUCGUUUAUGGAUAGGAGGUUAUGAGGAGCAGGCUCUCCACUCCAGGCAGAUUUUUAUUGAAUUAAAUCCACUUUUUUUCCCCCGGUUUUCGAGAGGACGCAAAAAAAGAGAGCUGCUACGAUGUGGAUUCAGGUGCGCACAAUGGACGGCAAGGAGACCCACCGGGUCGACUCCUUGUCCAAGCUAACCAAGGUGGACGACCUGAGGGUGAAGAUCAUGGAGCUGUUCCAUGUGGAACCCGAGAGGCAGAGGCUGUUCUACAGAGGCAAACAGAUGGAAGAUGGCCACACCAUUUUCGACUACAACGUGGGACUGAAUGACAUCGUUCAGCUGCUCGUGCGGCAGGCUCUGCCCACCGUGUCUCUGCCUAAGGACAAGGAGGGAGAGCUGUCGGACUCAGACUCCGGUUGUGGUUCUGGUCAGAGCGAGUCGGAUAAGAGCUCCACUCACGGAGAAUGCGAAGGCCAGAGCGCCGGAACCUCUGCUCAGGUGGAUCUCGUUGAUCCUGGCUUUGGGUUUUAUAAGAUAAAUGAGUUUGUGGAUGCUCGGGACUUGAACAUGGGGGCUUGGUUUGAGGCUCAGAUCAUGAAUGUCACAAAGACUCCAAAAAGCAACGAAGAAGGAGGCAUGGAAACCGAUGGCGAGGAGGAGAUUCGCUACCACAUCAAAUAUGAAGAUUACCCAGAGAAUGGAGUGGUGCAGUUGACGGCUAAGGACGUGCGUCCUCGAGCCCGCACCGUGUACCAGUGGCACCAGCUGGAGCAGGGUAUGAUCGUCAUGGUGAACUACAACCCAGAUGAGCCUAAAGAGCGGGGCUACUGGUACGAUGCCCAGAUCCAGAGGAAGAGAGAGACGCGCACCCAGCGAGAGAUUUUUGGCAAAAUACUACUCGGGGAUGCCGGUGACUCUCUCAAUGACUGCCGGAUCAUGUUCGUUAAUGAGAUCUACAAGAUCGAGGAGCCUGGGAACUCUGAUGGAUCUGCGGCUGCUUCUGACAGCCCUCUGAAGAGGUCCAACGGCCCGGAGUGUAAGCAUUGCAAAGAUGACCCGAAGAAGAACUGUCGCUGGUGUAACUGCCACAUCUGUGGAGUGAAGCAGGAUCCGGACAAGCAGCUACUGUGUGAUGAGUGUGAUAUGGCCUUCCACACUUACUGCCUCAAUCCUCCCCUCACCACCAUCCCAGAUGAUGAGGACUGGUACUGCCCAGAGUGCCGAAAUGAUGCGAGCGAGGUCGUCCUGGCAGGAGAGAAGCUGAAAGAGAGCAAGAAGAAAGCAAAGAUGGCAUCUGCCAGCUCGUCUAGUCAGAGAGACUGGGGGAAGGGUAUGGCCUGUGUUGGGCGCACCAAACAGUGCACCAUCGUUCCCUCCAACCACUAUGGGCCUGUGCCAGGAGUGCCUGUGGGUACGCUGUGGAAGUUUAGAGUGCAGGUGAGCGAAUCUGGAGUUCACAGGCCACAUGUAGCCGGUAUCCAUGGAAGAAGCAAUGAUGGUGCCUACUCUCUAGUGCUGGCUGGAGGCUAUGAGGAUGAUGUGGAUGAUGGCAAUGAGUUCACAUACACAGGCUCCGGCGGUCGAGAUCUGUCUGGUAACAAGAGAACAGCCGAGCAGUCCUGUGAUCAGAAACUCACCAACAUGAACAGGGCGCUGGCUUUGAACUGCAACGCACCGGUGAACGAGAAGGAUGGGGCAGAGGCCAAAGACUGGAAGGCGGGAAAACCUGUAAGAGUGGUGCGAAGCUCCAAGGGUCGAAAGCACAGCAAAUACUGUCCUGAAGAUGGCAACAGAUAUGACGGCAUUUACAAGGUGGUGAAGUACUGGCCAGAGAAGGGCAAGUCUGGUUUCCUGGUUUGGAGAUACCUGCUCAAAAGAAACGAUGACGAACCAGCUCCAUGGACCAGAGAUGGCAAAGAACGUAUUAAAAAGCUCGGCCUCACCAUGCAGUAUCCUGAAGGCUAUCUGGAAGCUGUGGCAGCUAAGGAGAAGGAAAAGGAGAAUAAGAAUGAAGAAGAGAUAGCUGAAACACCUACGAAGGGCAAGAGGAAGAGAAAAUCUCAGACAGUCGAGGAAGAGGAAAAACGCUCACCGUCCAAGAACACACCCAAGAAGAUCAAAGUGGAGGCCUACAAGCUGACCAAAGAGCAGAAAGCCUUAAUCAAGGAAGAUGAGCUCAACAAGAAACUCUGGGACGAAGCCAUGCAAUCUCUAAGCCUUGGACCACGAUUCUUGAACAAAGUGGAGGAAGUUUUCUUGUGUAUCUGCUGCCAAGAAGUUGUUUAUCAGCCCAUCACCACAGAGUGCCAACACAACGUCUGCAGGGAAUGUCUUCAGCGAUCCUUCAAAGCAGAGGUGUACACCUGCCCGGCUUGCCGACACGACCUUGGCAAAAACUACCAAAUGACGGUGAACAAGGCCCUUCAAGCCAUCCUGACCCAGCUCUUCCCCGGGUACAGCAGCGGCCGGUGAUGACUCGCGAGGGACCGGCAAUGAACUAAUAAGAGCAGUGCAUCGAGACUGAAUUCAACAGAACUGAAGCAGAAUUCACUUUUAAUAUAUUUUAACAAACGUUACAACUUAAUCAGGGUGUAGGAGAAUGCGCAGCCCCAGCCGUUAAUUCGUUUGGACCGAUUUUAUUGGUGCUGUACUCUUAUCUGAUCUGCUUUUAAUUCAGCCUCUCAGUUCUAGUCAGGUAGACAACUCACCCCCCCAGUACAACCCUUGUAUUUACAGGUAAAUAUGAUAAUAGCAUCUUAGUGACGUUUUUUAGGUGUAGGAGCUUCAUUUUUAGGAAACGUACUGCCCUAAUUGUACUCUGCACCAGCACAUCGUUUUUGAAAAACUUUCAGCUACGCACAACUGCACUAUUUGCUUCCAGCAAAAUCCUUUUCUCUU